CCAGAAGCCCCCUCGUUAUUAGUUCUUAGACCGAGGCGCAAGAAACACAGCUAUUGUUUUCUUUGGAACAAAUCGAACAGAGGUGUUCAACAGCUGAUUAUGACAGCUCGCAGAAAACAAUAAAAACAAAAUACAAGAAAAAGCGAUUUUUGCCAAGUUGUCAACGUGAAACGCAAAUAAAUAAAUUAACUAAUUAAAAUAUACAAAAUAUAUUAUAGUUAAAAAAAGUAAACGGGUUAAGAUUUUUAAGCGUUUGACGUAAUAGAAGUAUGUCUUGGCUUAACAGCAGUCUAAGUACAUUGAAAGGGCAGCUGACGACUCUUGCUCAGGAGGUGCUUGCCGAGACAGCAGGGCCAGGAGAUGAUGAAUAUCGGGGUCCAGAAAUUGAAACACAUAUAUCUCCUGAGCUGAUUGCAGCUGAACAAAUGCAAAAGGAGCAGCUUAAUAAAUUACGCAAUGAAAAGGAUAACGAAAUUGCUCUGCUGCGUAAGCAAAUCAACGAAUUGCAGUCGAAAAUCGCCGAUAGCGGAGGGGGAUCUGCCAGUACCACAUCUAAAUCGCCCACAAAAGACGAUGCAAAUGCAACAACUCCACUAGAAGACAGCUGGUGCUGGGAACCAGAAAACGUAAAAUCUGACAAUGAUCACUCGUCCGAGUCAUCGAGUAGCGGCAAUGGCAACGAAAUGGUCAACAUCACUUUGGAGGAAGUGUCUCUGGGUGGCAGCGCGAAAACUUCCUCCGCGAAACGCACGCCACGCGCUGCCAAUGCGCAUAACGCAGCACUGGAAAAGCGUAAUCAACAAUUGGAGGAGGAAAAUAAAGAGCUGAGUUUGGCGCUCGAAGAGUUGGACAGUCAACAUAAUCUGGCUAUACAGAAUGUGCUUGAACUCAAAACUGAGCUACAGAAUAAACUCACCGCUGUCACCAACAAUUAUGAGGCACUAAAGAAGGAGCAUGCCGACAAAUUCAUUAACAGUGAAUUGGAAAUGGCCCGAAUGCAGAAGCGGCUGGAGAGUUUAGGAAAACAACAAGAAAAUUUUGAAUCGGAGAAGCAGUUCUUGCAGAAGCAAAUCGAGAAGUAUGAAGUCGAGAUAAAGAAGUCCACUGCGGAUUUGGGCGAUUUGCAAGCACUGCUCGAUAAGAAGACCCAUGAUAAUGUGGAGCUCAUUGAAAAGGUGAAGAUAGCUGGGCGUUUAGCCGAUGAAGCUGAGGAAGAAAUGGCUGAGCUUCAACAACGUGUGGAACAAUUAACGAAGGAGCUGGACGAGGCAAAACAAGGAAAAGAAAAAAAGACUUCCGAGUCUUCGACUAGUUCGACUGGCAAGCAGAGCGAGGACGAGUUUAUUGUAGUGCGAGAAGGUGAUGCUAACUCCUCAGGACCAGCCACGCCACCGUCGAAGGAGGAGCUGAAGGACAAAAUCGUACAAUUGGAGAAUCGCCUUUCGGAGUUGACUUUGGAAAAUGGCAGUCUUGCGCUGAAGUUGCAAGAUUGUGAAAUGGAGAGGGAGCUAGCGGCGACUGUACUACGUGAGAACAUGCAAGAGCUACAAACACGCUGUGAAGAAACUGAUGCGGCAUUAACGGCGGCUAAGGAACAAUUAGAAGAACAACAGGAGAAGCUGGAAGGUCUGAAAGAAAAGGCAGCUGAAGCUGUCAUUGCACAGCAACAGUUGAAAACACUGGCUGAAGAGAAAGUAAAAAUCGAGACGGAGAUUGCUAACAUGAAAGAGAGUUUACAGACCGCAAUGGAGCUUGAGAAACGUUUAUUGUUGUCUGAGAGUGAAAAGGAGACGCUGCAGAUUGAGUUACAGCGCCUACGCGCCGCACAAGAACGCAUCACUGAGCUUGAAGGGAAAGUGCAAAACUUGAUGGUGGAAAAUCAACAGCUGCGCCUGAAUGCCGAAGCUGAAACAGAAUCUCACAACUACAGCGCAGAGUUAGCGGAGCGCCUCAAGUCGUUGAACGAAGAGAACGAAAGCCUUCGUGCAGAGGUACUUACCAUGGCACAAGCAAAAUUCCGAGAAGCUAUUGCUGAGGAGAAACAAGAAAUCACAGAUCUGGAUGCCGACGACGAUGAGCCGUUGACCGUGGACAAAAUACGCGAAUUGCUCAGCUCUCACAUAAAGUCGAAGCUGACCAGCGAAAUGGAGGAAGCCUGUCGGGCAGUGCAAGAACGCGUCACCAGAACCGUCAACGCCAUGGAGCAGAAUAUAUCACGAAUGUCCGAGGAAAUACUCGAUCUGCAGGACAGCAAAAUGGUCUGGGACCAUGAGAAGAAGACGCUCGAGGCAGACAUAUCUCAGUAUAUUCUGCAGUGUGACGAACUGAUGAAGAACAACGAGAUAUUGCUGAACGAGUUGGAGAACUAUAAACGCAACAAGCUCGAGACGAUUCACGAGCACAACGAGGAAAGUGUUAUGCAGCUGGAAGCGCAGCUGGAGGAGUCAAGUAAGUUGAACCAGUCGCUGGAGCAAGAAUACGAUGAACUCAAUAAGAAGAACGAGGAUCUGGAGCGAGAAAAACAGGCGUUGACCGAAGACCUACGCGCCACCCAACAGCGUGUCAGCGAGCUGCAAACUUCUGAGAAGGACCUCAAGCUACAGCUCGAAACCUUGGAGUUGGAGAAAGGAAAUUUGUUGUUUGAGUUAAAUGAACAAAAGGCCAUGGAUUGCAAGCUAGUUGAAGAUGAUGCAGCUAUAAAGAGCGCCGAAGAAAAGUGUCAAAACCUAGAAAGCCAAUUGUCACGGCUGAGCAAGGAUCAUGCGGAUUUGGUGGCCGCCAUGCAGACGCAAAAGGCAGCGCUUCAGGAUGCGAUAAAGAAACGAGAGGAAGCGGAGAAAAUGCUAUUGGAACAGGAAUUGCUGGUGAAACGCAUGGACCACGAGUUGAAGCAACUGAAAGAGCAGAGCAAACACAGUUGUGAGGUACAAAAGCGGGUCGACGAGCAGGCUGCACUCAACCAGCAGAUGCAGCAAGAUCUCUUGGCUAAAGACAUAGUAAUGGAGAAUCAGAAGGAAGAGAUACAAGAGGCGAGAAGCAGUUUAGAUCGGCUAAUAAAAGAAUUUAAUGAAUCUGAGAAGUUGAUAGAAGAAAAGGAGAGUACCAUGAAUGACUUGCGUAAUCGUUUGGCAGAGAGCAUGCAAGAAAAUGACGAGCUGCAAGAGAAGUUACAACAACAAACGGCGAACACCGAGCAAUUGACGCAGCUGAAACAGGAAAAAGAGGCAUUGGUAGCGGAAUUCGAGGAGUUAAAAAAGGAAUACGAAGCACACAGCGUCGAGUUGAAGGCGUUGCAGGAAUCAGCGGUGACAUCUACCAGCAGCGAUGCAACGGCAAUUACACGCAUUGCGCAGCUGGAAGCCGAACUCUUGGCCACAGCCGAUCUACAAAAGACCGUGGAUAUAUUGAACUACGAGAAGAGCGAAAUGAUAAAGGCGCUGCAACAGAAACAUGCUGAGAAUAUGCAAUACUACACAGAAAUUCAACGACUACUGCCACUCGUGCAGCAACUGCAACACCAGCAACAACAAAUGGCGCUAGAGAAACCAUGCGAUAAAUGCCCGACACUGGAGAACACACUGAGUGAACUACGCAAAGAGGCGGAGAAACAGCAAGAUCAAAUAAAAUUCCUGAAAGAAAAGUCAGAUAUUCUUACGACUAAUUUGCUUACGGAACAGACCAAUCAGCGUCUGGUGAAGCAGGAGAAGGCUGAAGUUGAAGAGCAGAAUGCGGCUAUACGCAAGGACUUGGAACGUUUGCGUGAACAUUUGCUGGAAAUUGAAGACAUGCACACACACGAGACGGUGGAAAUGCAGCGGGAGUUGGAAGAGACCAAAGCAAAAAUGGUAGCACUGCAGGACGAUGUGGCGAAAUCAAGCAAUGCCUACACAUCGGCCAAUAUACGCGCCAAUCAGCAUGCCGAGACAUUGCAAGCGCAGUAUGCGCUCGUGGUGCAGCAGCGCGACGAGUUAGUCAAAAAGCUGAGCUUGGCCGAGGAUCGGGAAUCGAAGAAUCAGGCGGCUUUGUGCAAUCUGCAGUGUGCGCUCGAGCAGUUUCAAAAUGACAAACAAAAUGACAUUAAAGCCGCCACGCAUGGCAUACGCAAGGAGUUGCAGCAGGAGCAGGAGAAGCAGGCGCAAUUGCAGGCGGAGAUUGGCGUUUUACAGCAGCAGCUGGCCGAGGCGAAGCAAGGUUUGUGUGCGGCAGCACGGCUCUCCGAUCAGUUGGAGGCGUGUCAGCGUACGAUUGCGGAGCUGCGGGAAGAAGUUGAUGCAUUGAAGCAGCAGAACGAGCAAUGCUCCAACAAACUUAAGGCUAGCGAGUCUAGUCAAUCGGACAAAAUCGAGAAGAGUCUCAUCAAGAGUCUGUUGAUUGGCUAUGUGGUGAGCAGUAAUCCGAAUGACAAGAAUCAAGUGCUGCGCAUGAUUUCCUCCGUGUUGGACUUCACGCAAAACGAAUCGGAAAAAGUGGGCCUCAACAAGCAGCAGUCGAGUUGGCUUGGCGCCAUAUUGGGUGGUGGCAGCCCGUCAGCGCAGGGUGUACACUCCAAGGACAAUUUGGUGCAGGCUUUCGUACAAUUUCUGGAACAGGAGUCACAGCCCAAAUCGGAUGCCAGUACCAUGCCCAACUUGCUAAAUAUGACACAACAGAGCAGUAGUCCGCCAGCGCGUCGCAUAUCCACAUCCAGCAAUAGCAGUUCAUCGGCGGCGGGGAUGACGACGGGUAACUCCCCGGCCCCGGCUCUACCCAUUCAACCAAUGAUGCUGAAUGAGUUUGCACCGACGCGCAAUUCCAGCUCAAUAUUAAAAGAUAUCCUAAGCGAUUCUUGAUUAUUGUAAACUUUAAGCUUUUUGUAUCCCAUGCUGUAGUUACCUUUAUUCUACUUUAUUUUACUUUAUCUGCAUGUUAGGCUUGCAUGCAACUGAUAUUUUUUUGUUCUUAGAAAUAUGCAGUAGGUAUGUUUGUAUAUGUAUUAUUUACUUGAUAUUUUGUUGAAUCAAAGUGUUUAAUUGUAGUCGUCGUCUAGCAAUUUCUGCCUGUUCUGGCCGCGUUCGAAUUCAGUUGAAAUCAGUCGUUUCUAGAGUUAUUUUUCUAUUUGAUUAUUCUGUUUUACCUGUAAAUAUAUAUAAGUGUAUUUGUAAUAAAAAUGUAGUUGCAUUUUGAAAUGCGCGUCUAAGCAACUUCUACUAUGUAUUGUGUUAGGAAGGGCCUGCCAACGGAAUGAGCCAUUACGAAAAACUGCAAUUGAACAGAACUUUUAUGUUUGUGCAUUGUAUAAAAAUGUAUUUGAAAUAAAUAUAAACAAUAUACAUACACAUUAUACAUUAUUGAAUAUAUAUAAGCACAAUUUAAGAUUAAUAAAUCAAAUGAUAUUUUAACAAAA